AUGAGUCAGAUAAUCUUUACCACCUGCAUCGCCUUCUCUUCUGCAGCCCUUUUACCUUCUAGCAACUACCUUCCACAAAACCAGGCUCCAGCUAAACCUUCCAAUACAUACAUCCCUCAGAACCAAGGAUCCUUCCAAGGAGGUUACCAGCAGGGUUCCUUCAACCAACAGGGUUCAGGGCCAGGUGGUAUAUCAGGAACAGGAAAUAACGGGAACAGAAGACCACAGCAAGAAUCGGAGAAAAAUGCAGUCAUCGUGAAACAAGAUCAGGAUAUUAAUGAAAAUGGAUUCCAUUAUAGCUAUGAAACAUCGAAUGGAAUUAGGGCUGAAGAAGCUGGUAACGCUGCGCAGACGCAAGGUGGAUUCUCUUACAAGGGUGAUGAUGGCAACACGUACACCAUUGUCUUCACCGCUGGAGAAGGUGGUUUUAGGCCCCAGGGUGAUCAUAUCCCCGUGCCUCCUCCCACACCUGAAGCAAUUCUACAAGCCCUGGAGCAAAACGCAAAGGAUGAAGCUUCUGGUAUCUUCGACGACGGUAUAUAA